GAAUAAUUUGUUUGAAAAAAGUUUUUUCCAUAUUAUCGUACAUGCUCAAGAUCUACUUUCAUGAAUUUUGACGCAGAAACUACUGAAUACGAACAAAAAAUUAUGCAAGCCUUUACCGAUCAAGCUGUAACGUGACUAUAAGUGUAAGAUUGUGACUGCUGUAAAUUUCUUCUACUUGUAAACUUGGAUUUAUAAAUGGAACAAAGGCAAGCAGAAAAAAGGCCGUGAGAUGCCAGAACUACACAAUCUAGCAAAGCACAACCACCAGUGCCUGAUGAAUCAUUAUCGAUAUACGUCGUCGAUGGUAUGUCGAUAGUUCUUGAUUAACAUUUCGCGAUUUAAUGUUAAAAGAAGAAAAUGGAUCGAGGUAUGACCGAUGAAGAAACUGCGAAAAAAAUACCAAAUCGUCCAAUCCCCUAUUAUUUGAAAAAAGUUUUAUCAAAUGAUUCGAAGCCAUGGCCCAAUAUGCCAGAAGAAAGUAGAUCCUAUUUUGAAAGAUUGAAAGAACUCAAAAACAAUGAUAAAUUGAAACUGAAGAAUAAAAAUUACGUCGGCGACUUUCAUCUUCUAUUGCACGAUGAAGCGUUUAAAAAUGAGUUGGAAAUGGAAGAAUUUAAUAUAUACGGACAACAAAUAACAAGGAUUAACGAAUCCAAUCUGUUUGAAAUUUACGUCGAAGGCCUCGAGGAAGAAAGACCAACGGUCACGAUCAAUGACAGUGUAGCGGUUACAGACACUGAAACAAAUCAACAAUAUUUUGAACUUCGAGUAAAGAAAGUUUUGAAAUGGCACAUUAUUGCAGAGUCAAAUAAAGAAUUUUGCGAAGAAUUCUCGGAAGAUACACUUUAUGAUAUAAAAUUUAUAUUUAAUACUUUCCCAUAUCGAUGCUGCCACUUUGCUCUAGAUUUAUAUACUCACCGUAAUUUGAAGCCGUAUGUAUUUCCCGAAAAAUCGGAAAAACUCGAUAAUUCAUCAAAUAUCAAAUUAACCUGGUUUAAUGAAGCCAUAGAAAACAAUGCGCGACAAAAACAGGCUGUAGUUAACAUGGUAGAUAAAUCCAAUUUUUUCCCAGCUCCUUAUAUUUUGUAUGGGCCACCGGGCACUGGUAAAACUGCCACUUUAGUGGAAGCAAUUUGUCAAGCAUCAAAACAGAACCCAUCUAAUCGUAUACUCGUAUGCACACCAUCGAAUACGUCAGCCGACGUAAUUACGAAACGUUUAAUUAAGUACAUUCCCAAAGACAAGUUGCAUCGUAUGUAUAGUUUAUCGAAGGAUCCAUUUACAAUCGAUGACGAUAUUUUGGACUGUUGCAAUUGUUCAGUAUCGGCCGAAGGCGAAAGAAAAAUUUUCUUUUUUAGAGUUAAAUGCUUGCCAAAAAUUAUCAUUACCACUUUAUGCACAAGCACGAGACUCUUACUAUUACACUUCCCACCUAGAGAUUUUCCUUAUAUAUUUAUUGAUGAAGCUGGACAAGCGACGGAACCGGAAACACUGAUACCUUUUUCAUUGGGCUACGCCAGGAAUAAACAGCGCAAAAUAAUUUUAGCCGGAGACCCUCAACAAUUGGGACCGGUAAUUAGUUCAAGAAAUGCGAAACCCGUACUUGGAAAAUCCAUGUUGGAGAGAUUGAUGACUCUUGAGCCAUAUCAACGAUACAAUAACGGAUAUCGACCAAGAUACAUCACCAAGUUGAUCCAGAAUUAUCGAAGCCACCCAGCUCUAAUUAAACUUUCGAAUAAGUUAUUUUACAAUAAUGAAUUGCAACCUUGCGACGACAUGUCGCUUCGAAAAGCAGAAAAUUGGAAGAACUUGCCGAAUCCAAAGUUUCCCAUUAUCUUUAAGGGAGUAUUGGAUGGCCAAGAAGAUAAGAGUAUAUUGUCACCCAGUUCUUACAAUGAACAAGAGAUGGAUGCGGUUUUCUACUUUGCGCGGCUUUUAAUUGGGUAUAAGUUCGGCAAUACUGUUAUAAAGGAAGAAGACAUCGGCGUCAUUAGUCCGUUUACUGCGCAAAAAAUAAGAAUAAAAGAAUUGUUUGAAGCGGAUAAUUUGCCUGGUGUCGAAGUUGGAACCAUCCAGUUGUUUCAAGGAAAGGAAAAAGAAAUUAUAAUAUUGUCUACCGUUCGAAGCAAAAUUUUAAAUCACGAUGGCCGCGAUCACAUUGGAUUUCUUGGCGAUCCAAAACGUUUCAAUGUAGCUUUGACAAGAGCAAAAUCACUUUUUAUUGCGAUUGGGCACCCAGUCGCUCUUCAAGUAGAUUACAACUGGUGGUCUCUUCUGGAUUACUGCUGUAAAAAUAAGGCUUUAUACGGCGGUAUCUAUAGUGCAUUUAGAUUAAAAGUCGAAUCAGAGUUUAGACAUAGAAAUCCGAAAAGCUGUAAACAUAAAGCAAAGAAGACGACUGAUAAAAAAAAUAUACCAAGAACAAAGAAAAAUAAUAAUGAUUUUUCGUUUGCAACGAACAAUCGAUUUUGCGUUCUUUCUAACGAAAGUCACAGUCCAGCUACUAUGGAAGUAAUUAAUGUUAUUGACAGUUCAGAACAAUCUUGUAACUGUACUUAUAAAAAAAACAGAGUGAUAAGACCUAAAACUACGCUACCAAUAACUAAUUACAACGCUCAUUGUGACAAUGACAUAUUCAAAAGAAAACUAUGCUUUUUAUUGUAAUUUCUGCAUGUAACAGCAAUUUUGUAAUUUGUUUCGUCUCAUUUGUAUCGCGAUUUAAAUGUAAUGUAUGUAUGUACUAGAUCAUUUUUCGACGCAGUACGUAUCUAUAAUUUGUAGUAGCUGUCAACGGAUGUAGAUAAUUUAAUAUUUUACAAUAUUUGUCUGUUCUUGCGUGUACCAUGUACCGAAAAAUCGUCUUCGUUUUCAACUUUUAGUAAACCUAUAGAAUAAAUAGCAAUUUUUUUGCUACUCAUGUUCAAUUUUUGAUUUUAAUAAAAACUGCCUUUUCAUGAUAA